CGGACCACGUUAUUCUUCAAAAUAAGCGCUCUUUUUUAAAAAGCUCGUAAACACAGCUAAACGGUUGUUUCGCCCUUCCGAUACGAGAGCGGACAAGUUUCGUUUCUCUUCUUUAAACCGUCAAGACGGCAAGGAUAUAGCAACAGAUUGAUGGAGAAAAAUGGCUCGAAUCUCGUUGGAUUGUCCCACGUCUUUACCAGGAAUCCCCCUCAGUGUGCUGUCAGUGCCAAUGGAGAAUAAAUACAAAUGUCAGCAGUGUCUCCAGGUCCUGAGGAAGCCUGUCCAGGCUCAGUGCGGCCACCGCUUCUGUGUACACUGCUUCAAGGAGCUCACCAGUUCUGGGCCAAAACCAUGUGAGGCAUGUCGCCAAGAGGAAAUAUAUGAGGAACCUAUGUCCAUACUUAAUAGCAAUGAGGCAUUUCCAGACAAUGCAGCAGGAAGAGAAAUAGCGAGUCUGCCUGCCAGGUGUUUAAACCAGGGCUGCAAUUGGACAGGCUCGAUUAAAGAGUACGAGACUCAGCAUGAAGGUCACUGUGAAUUCGAGCGGGUACCGUGCGAGGCCUGCCAAAACUUAGUCCUCUGUUCAGAGAAGGAGAGACACAAUGAGCGAGAGUGUGAGGCCAGAACGCUCAACUGCAAAUACUGCAAAAUGGCGUUCCACUUUAAAGACAUCAAGGCCCAUGAUGAGAUCUGUGUGAAGUUUCCCUUACAAUGCAAAGACUGUGGCAAGAAGAAGAUCCCCCGAGAAAAGUUCAAUGACCACAUGAAGUCCUGUGCCAAAUCAAAGAGUGCCUGUCCAUUCAAUGAAGUGGGCUGUAAAUCUGUGAUAGAUAACGGGAAGCUCGGCGACCACGAGCACAGCAGCACCAUGGAGCACUUGCGUCUGCUGCUGUCGAUGGUGCUGGCCAUGGGUCAGACACGGGCUGACCCCGGUCAAGGGGAGUGGCAGGAGGACUCUGGUCUGGGCCUGUACAGGUCUCCUGAGGAGGGAGUCGCUAUGGGUUCCGGAGCUGCAGCCCCUGUGCAGCCCAUGGAUUUGGAUAAAAAGGUAAACGCUUUGGAAAACAUCGUCUGUGUACUUAACCGAGAGGUGGAGCGCAGUUCGGUCACGGUGGCGGCUUUGUCGCAUCAACAUCGAAUAGAUCAGGAAAAUAUUGAAAACCUGUCCAACAGAGUGCAUCAGCUGGAGCGGUCGGUCCAGAUGAGAGACUUGCAGCUGUCUGAACGAGAGCAGAUGGUGCGAGAACUCCAGUUCUGCACCUACGACGGGAUCUUUGUCUGGAAAAUCUCUGACUUCUCACGCCGCAGGCAGGAAGCUGUGCUUGGCAGGGCACCUGCAAUGUUCUCUCCAGCGUUUUACUCCAGCAAAUACGGAUACAAAAUGUGUCUGAGGUUGUAUUUGAACGGCGACGGGACGGGCCGAGGAACUCACCUUUCCCUGUUCUUUGUCGUCAUGAGGGGAAAGUGCGACGCUCUGCUCAAAUGGCCGUUCAGUCAAAAGGUGACUCUGAUGCUUUUGGAUCAGAACAACAGGGAGCACAUCAUCGACGCUUUCCGCCCCGAUGUCACCUCCACCUCCUUCCAGCGGCCGAUCAGUGAAAUGAACAUCGCCAGCGGCUGCCCGCUCUUCUGCCCGCUUGCUAAACUGGCGGGCAAGAGCGCGUACCUGAGAGAUGACACAAUCUUCAUCAAAGCCAUCGUAGACCUGACAGGCUUGUAAUGUGUGUAUACUGUGGAAGGUACACAAACACAUGUGGAAGGAAA